AUGCCCAAUGCCGAUCUGGAGGAUCUCAGUCUCGAACCUGAAGGUCGAAUUGUGUUCAAGUAUUAUCACUAUGAAUUGUUGUACAAUGCGAUCCAAUUCUAUGCAUUUGUACCGUUAGAAUGGAGGUCCUUUGUCAUUACCUCAUUGGUGUGUCUGCAGGCGAUACUGUUCUGCACGACUCAGAAGGCAUAUGCUUCAUAUAUGAAAGGUGCUUUGUUUUCUGAGCAAGACAAGAAUAUAGAUGCCACAAUAAUAAAUUUCAAGAAUACGAGGGCUAUAUAUGAGGAGCCUGGGAAGUAUGGCAGUGGGCUUGAGGGCUGUGUGCUUCUUGGCUUCGACAUCCGCGACGUGCAGAGCCCGGAGGACAUCGUCGCCGCGGAACGGCUCGUUUUUCCCGGUGUCGGCGCCUUCGGCUCCGCCAUGGACGUCCUCAAUAGGACGGGCAUGGCCGACGCACUCCGUGAGUACAUCCAAAGGGACCGCCCCUUCCUAGGCAUCUGCCUCGGUCUCCAGCUGCUCUUCGAUUCCAGCGAGGAGAACGGCCCGGUGAGCAGCCUCGGUGUGAUACCAGGCGUGGUCAGGCGAUUUGACUCCUCAAAUGGCCUCAUAGUUCCACAUAUUGGCUGGAACGCUCUCCAGAUCACCAAGGACACACCACUGUUGCAGGGAGCUGAUGGCCAGCAUGUGUACUUUGUUCACUCCUACCACGUACUGCCUGUAAGCAACGAGCCAUUUAGAUUACCGUACUUUGGUUGA